UGAUGCAUGACAAAGUAAUUGAGCUUGUCAAAAAGUUGUGCAAGGUAAUUGCAGAAGGUAAAACUGACUAUACAACAACUUGUUUGAUACUAAAACGAUCACUCCUUUUAGCGGCAGAAUUAGGGGUUUGCGAAAUCGUGGAAGCGAUUAUAAAGUCAUAUCCUGAUGCAAUCUGGUUUACGAAUGAAAAGAAUCAAAACUUGUUCCACUUAGCAGUCAUGAAUCGUCAAGAGAAAGUAUUUAACCUCAUAUAUCAAAUGACUGACCACAAACAUUUGUUAUUAAUGUCUCAAGACAUUGACAAGAACAACAUCUUGCAUUUUGCUGGAAAGCUAGCUCCCGAAAACAAACUAAAUGUCAUUGCUGGUGCAGCUUUUCAAAUGCAGCGUGAGCUACAGUGGUAUAAGGAAGUAGAGAACAUUGUACCUGCCGACUGCAAAAACGAAGAAAAUUGUGUAGGAGAAACUCCAGCUACAGUAUUUUUUAAGUCCCAUAAAAAACUUGUUACAGAAGGUGAGCAAUGGAUGAAGCAAGCAGCAACUUCAAGCAUAGUAGCGGCAACAGUGACUGCCACACUAGUUUUCCAAGCAGCAUUCAGUGGAACUGGUGGCUACAAUAAAUUGAGUGUGUUCAUGACAUUUGGGUUUUCAGAUGCACUCUCCUUGUUCUCAUCGAUUGCGGCCGCCAUAAUAUUCAUGUCCAUCAUCACUGCACGCUACAAACAAGAUGAUUUUCUUGAGGCCCUUCCUAGAAAGUUCAUAUUCGGAGUUGUUAUCAUGUUCAUCUCCAUAACGUCAAUGAUGGUAGCGUUUGGCACAACUGUUUAUCAGAUUUUCUAUGAGAAAAAGGCAUAUUUGAUGCUUGGUUUAGUGGGAGUAUCAGCCUGUUCGCUCAUGCUCUUGUUUAUGGCUUCGCAAUUUUCCCUCAUAUGGCACUUGCUCAUUUACACCUAUCGGCCUGGCCUUUUCAGCAAGCCAAGCAAACGUGUACUCAACCGAGUAAUUAGAUGA